CAUGCGUAAUGCGUUAAUGCAUCUUGCGGGCAGGAGUCAUUCGCUUUCAUUCUCUUUCUUGGUGUUCGUGGUACAUGUUUGGUACAAGAAGAACGGUUAAACAUGGCAAAGGUAAAGUGUUCGGAAUUAAGGACAAAGGAUAAGAAGGAGUUGCUGAAGCAGCUUGAGCAGCUGAAGACAGAACUGACUACGUUAAGAGUAGCUAAAGUUACUGGAGGAGCUGCUUCAAAAUUAUCUAAAAUUCGAGUUGUGAGGAAGGCUAUCGCACGUGUAUAUAUCAUUAUGCACCAGAAACAAAAGGGUAACCUCCGUUUGUUUUAUAAAAACAAAAAGUAUAAGCCUCUUGACUUGAGGCCCAAGAAAACAAGAGCUAUGCGCCGUGUUCUCACUCCUUAUCAGGCUAGCCGAAAAACAUUGAAGGAAAUACGCAAGAAUACUGCAUUUCCACCAAGAAAAUAUGCUUUGAAAGCAUAGUGUGUAAAUUUUUAAUCAAUAUGCAAAAUAAAAAUUUCAUAAAAAUA